GAUCCGGAAUGAUUCCCUGUACAGCUCUGGAGAACGAAGUUUCAUCAAAAUGCAAAGGCUAAAGAUCUCGAAAUGAUUGUUAACAAUUAGAACUGAAGCGAUCUUUUACGGCAUGAAUAGUCCACAAUAAUGUUUUGUGAAUGAUCAUUAUAAAUGACGAUUUUCAGUUGUCGUUUUCAUAUUUUUCACUAAAUAUUUUAAAGUAACAGUUCUGGUUCCUCCAUUUGGCACGAAUCUUUUGAAACCCGAUCGAUUCCGAAACGAGGUCCAUCACUAGUUGGCGCGCGUUGCGAAUCCGUGUCCGAUAAGUAAUAGGCACAGAUGUGAAAGAUUUGAAUUAGAACAUCAAGAUGCGGUGCACUAUUUAUAACUCGUUUUGUAUAUUGCAAACCAUUUUCCAUGCGUAUCAUGACGACGUGCACAUCAGCGCGACGGACGUGCGUGCCAUCAUUUAGUCCAGUAGAAAGGACAGGUUGGAACAUGGUGGAUCUCUCUGUCUUUAGUAUAUUCGAACGAAAACGAUUUCUUUUAUUUGCUGCCUGCAACAUGUGUCCAAAAGACAAAAAAAAACAAAAACAGGUGGAAUGUUAACGGACUAUAUACUGCUUUAGAAAUUCUAUAUCGCCACGCGGGGGUGUAUGUUUGUAUUUUUAUCUGGAUUCAAACGGUUUCCUUACUGAGGCGGCAAUACGGUGCCGAUAGUAGGGGACGACGCAGAGCAAUAAUAAUGGCCUACCAGAGCAACUUUAUCUCAUGUUGCUUACGUUCUUUUUCUGUCGCUUGGUUCUUCCAUUGUUUCCCCCUCGACGUUGGGACAUUGGGUGCGAAAAGGCUAAACUUUAUCAGGAUUGAAACAGUAUUAACCAUUAAACGAUUGGAGCUGUAUUGCGUGCGCUCCUUCACCGGUAUAAUUGAAACCGCCCCACCAGUUGCACACGAGAGACACAUGUUACUACGUUGCGUAGGGUGUGGACAUUCGCCGCAGUAUAACCGCAGUGGUUCAGUGUGCCGAAUAACAUCGUCGGAUGCAGGCCAGAAACGCAUCAACGGUUAGUUCGGACAACGCGGAAAUAUACGCGCGACCAAAAAUAGCCACACUUGUAACGUAAACGAUCGAUUUGUGUCCCGAUCGCCCACACGAUCUGGGAACUGAAAUUUGCAAAAAACAAACCGGUGGGUCAUUUUUUGCACGGAGUUCUGUGUGUGAUGAAAGUGUCAAACGGAACUACUACUAUUACUACAUGCUCGUCAAACGUGUCUAGUGCAUUACCUUAGUGCUGCAAUGUCCGUUGCGUUAUCGUGUUUCUUUGUUUAGUGUUUGUUUAUUUCUGCCCCAAAUCGCUAUUACCCAUUGUUCGAACGUAAAAUUGUGUUAAAAUGUUACAUUUAUUGAUGAUCGUAAUACUCGUAUGCCGGAAUGUUCCGAUCAGUCUGGCAGAUACGAUACCUAUAUUCCCAUCGGAAAAAUUGUCCAUCGCGGAAGGAGCUGGUUUUCUCGCGUUUCUUAACCCGAACGGUGGUGCUGAGUUGCGCAAAUCUGCUGUAGCUGAUGGACACUGGAUUCAUUGUUCCGUGUCCGUUAACAAUGUGCAGUACAGCUUGGACAGUGAUCAGAUUCAUCGGAUCGGUGAUAAAACUACCGUCGAACGGUACGAUUCGGAACGAUGUGGUGUACGGGUGAAAAAUCUUCAGAAAACGCUCGAAACGAGUUGGACUUUGUAUGGCACGGAGCAAAAUGGUGGAGACCGAACCGGUCUUCUCGAGGUGACCGUUUUGUCGAUAAAAUAUAUCGAAGAAUUUAAUGUCACCGUAAGUGGAUCCAGCUCAUCCGCAACGGUUAACUGCCCGGACAAGGACGGUUCACGGUACUGUCGCAUUAUCGAUGCCGAACAGGUCGUGUCCGAAUCCUGCUCAAAAACGGUCGAUCUUACGCAGCAGGUCAGCCACUUCUGGUGUCACGUUAUGUUCUGGGGCGCAAUGACGGAAAGAAUUACAAAGGUUAAUCUGUUCGUGGAGGAGGAUGAUCGUGACGUGAAGGCAACGGUGGAUGAAACGGAGGACCAUAUCGUAUUGUCUUGCCAGUACCGUUCGACGGUUUCGCUGUGCCGCGCCUUAUCGGAAACAGAUAAUCGCCAGUACAUGCUGCUUGAUGGUCAUCUCUCUGGGCGUUACUCGGCGUACAAUACAAAAAUUUCAAAAGGACUCUGUACGUUGGAAAUUAAAAAACCUCUUGCACCGGCGGACGUUGGCGUGUGGCGCAUCUUUCAACAGCUGAACCCAACCGACUACACCGGGUGUGUGUUUGACGUUAAGGGGAAACGGUUCUUCAGAGGACGUACCGUACGUACGCGUAGCUCGUCCGCUAGAAACAACCGGUUAGAGGUGCCAACAACCGAUAUUGAAAUAUUCCGUGAUCCUCGCUCAUCUAGCGCACCGGUAACGCUGUCCUGCGAGGUACCGUAUGCGAUCGAGUAUUGCUACCUUUCCGGACCGACCGGCAGUGAUUAUGCGCCGCAACGGUUCGAUCGCUUCAAAUCGCUCGGUAUCUGUCGGUUCGAGGUUGUCAACAUUACGAGCGGUGUGUGGGCCUGCGGCAUUAACGAUCUAGACGGUGCGCAAGAUCAUCUCACGUACUACAACGUGAGUGUAUAUCAGCAGCCGGGAAAAACCGUUACCCGGCAGCUAACGGCCAGCACAGGUGAUCGUGAACAACGGUUGCUCUGUCGCACGAUACUGGACCUUCCGAUCGAUAUCUGCCGUUUCGUCGAUCCGUACGGCGAGGUACACGGGGUAUCGAAUCAGAUGAAACCCUCGGUUGAUGCACGCUAUCGCUACUACGGGAAGGGUUUGCGCGAGGGCGAAUGUGGGCUGGAGAUAGUGGAGCUGCGGGAAAGGGACAUCGGCUGGUGGAAGUGUUUGUUUAAGGUGCGCGGACAGGAGUACGAAAUAUCGAUGGAGAUUGUUGAAGAAGCUAUGAGUGUCGGUGCGAUAAUAGGGAUCAGUAUUGCGGCCACUGUAGUGCUUGGUAUUGUUGGAGUCUUUGCCUAUCGGAAGCUGAAUCGACGAUACACCGGACCGACCUAUACUGUUUCGUCUAGUAUGACGAACAUGUCGAACGGUUCGCAUCAGUCUUAAGUAAAGAAGGACGAACAAAACGACGGUGCUGUGCGUUCUAUUGUUCUUUAUUCUGUUUGAACCAAAUAAAAGUAUUGCUUUUAGGUCAUUGUAGGCCUACUGAACGUUUAAAAA